AUGAACUUAUACUUAACAGCUGUCGUUGAUCAACUGUUCAAACCCGACGAAUUGCCAAAUAUCAAUGUUUAUGAUUUACAGAAAGAUGAUCGUUUUAAUUUAGCUAAAGAAGCCGUUCGAUCGAAGUAUGAAUUAGACGAUCAUAACAUGAACUUCGAAUGGCCCUCUCUCCGCGAAACAUUUCUACAGAAACGUAGAAAUUUAAAAACAAAAUUUAGAAAAACAACAUAA